AUGCAUGCAUUGACACAAGAACUCUGGCGACAGGAGCUGACACCAAGCAUGGUAGUCGAAGAUUCGACAGGUAGUGGAGAGGAUACAAUGAGCGGCGUGACCAGACUGGGCGUGUUAGGCAACCAAGCCUUACGUCCCCCAGGAGUGACUCCUCAAUCAACUCUCAAGCCGUUCGAUCUAUACCCUGGAAACAUUCCUGGUGAUACAAGGCCAAUGCGGGACACACAAAGCAGUCAACAUGAUAGUCAGCCUCGAGCCUCAGCGCCGUGGAUUUUUCAAAGAGCUCAGCAGAACAACAACCGUCCAUACCGGGCACACACCGCGGCCCCUGGCCUGACUCGUAGUUUCCAGUACAUUCAACAAUCUGGUCAUCCUCGGUGGCAAAAUCACAGACAAAUCCUCGCCAACAGACUCCAAAAGUAUUCGUUAAACGCCAACUUUCUGAGUGAAGGCAAGGGACCAUUGCACGACCAGCGAUGGGCAGGGUCCUACUGGGUUGGUGGCACCAAGAUUGGAUCGUCUGGAUGGUUCAUGUCCAAGGAUGGAGCCAAAGAGGACGCUGCAAGAGAUGCCCUUCUUUGGCUGAAUACCUACGGCUAUCACUAG